CUGAUGGAGAAGCGGCCGCCCCUCACAUCACCGGAUGGAUUUAAAAAUAAAAGAAAUCCCCCAGAGAGAUGUCCCAGUCCUUUGGAUUCCCGGGAUCCCACACAGGAAGAUUUGAAGACCCCAGCAGAUGCUAUAGACCUUACUCACGAUGUCACCUACCAUUAUAAGGGCAAUAACUUAAUCGUCAUUAAAGUUGAAGAUGAUGAAGAGUCCUAUGUGAGGGGCGACGAGCCCUGCGAUGAAGAGGAGGAGCAAAUCCCCUCAGAGAUCAGCAUAGAUGGACGAUACAGAAAGUAUGAGCACCCCGUUAUCACUGUAGAUGGAGAAAUCGAAGAUGAUGACAUCAUAUGUGAUUCUCCAAUAGAAAAUCACCACGUCUCAAAUUUCCUCCCAGCACCUCAUAGUGAAGAUCUAUCUUCUGACCUCUCUACUCAUGAAGUUUGUAUUAUUGACGACCUGGAUACAGAUUUCCGUAUCCCCAGACUAGAGAAAUUGUACCCGUGUUCUCAGUGCAGCAAAUGUUUUACCCGGAACUCGCAUCUCCUUUUGCACCAAAAAAUUCACUCGCGGACGAAACCGUAUGGGUGCUCAGCCUGCGAGAAGUCUUUUACCCAGAAGUCUCAUCUCUUCACUCACAUGAGGGUUCACACAGGGGAGAAGCCCUACUCUUGUUCGCUGUGCGGGAAAUGUUUCCGUGACAAAGCCAACCUUCUCAGACACGGAAGAAUCCACAGGGAAGAUAAGCCCUAUUCAUGUGAGGUGUGCGGGAGGUGCUUUAAAGAUAAGUCGAAUCUCUCUAAACACCACAGGACUCACACAGGGGAGAAGCCCUAUUCUUGCUUCGAGUGCGGUAAAUGCUUUACAAGAAACAGCCACCUCGUUGUCCAUCAGAGGAGUCACCUGAGAGUAAAGUCUAAUUCAGGUUCGGCGUUGGGGCCAUCAUAGUAGUCAUACCCUAGGGGUAGAUUCAGGUAGCAAUUGCGUCUGCGUAACCAUAGUUACGCAGCGCAAUUGCUUACUUG